AUGUUCUCCAAGAGAAAAGUAGUUAAGCGGAACAUUCGCAAGGUCACGGGGGAUGACGCCUCCAAUUUGAAUGGGCCGCCCAAUGAUGAGGGAAAGGAAAAUUCUACUCAGGAGGAAACCACAGUGGGGAGGAGAAUAAGCGAAGUAUGCGUUGCUCAGGGUGAGGUUGUAGUACCACCCGUCCCCGAAGGGGGAUCUGCAACCCAAGAAGACGACAUGCACGUAAGGGAGCCACCGGAUGAGGAAAAACAUGAGGAGGAAGUAUAUGGGAGGAGGGUCCCCCAAAUGGAAAGCGAUUCAAAUGGGUACUGCACCAAUGGGAAAGGCUCUGAGGAGGAAGAAGAAGAAAGUAAUCAUCACCAGGUGGAGAAGAGGAAGGGAUCGGACGAGCGCACGUCUCUACACCCUUUGCUACCCCACUCACAGUUUCAGUCGGCCUCGACGCACACGCAAGAGGCAACCACCAAGAAGGGAAAAGGUAGCAGAAGGGAGAUGAAGAAAAAUGAAGAGACGAGGAAAGUUAAUAAGAUGAACACGAGCUUCCACAUCUACAGUGACGAGGAAAACGAUUGUUAUGUGGCCAUUCGGAAGAGGAAGAAUGUAAAGAGGGGCAUUCAGAGCGGGUCCAUUCAAAACGCAUCCAUUCACAUGGGGGAUUCACCCGACAUGGUGCAGGCAGCCAAGGACGUAAAGGACAACCCCGUCGACAGUGACGCGGAAUUAAGGGAACCACUCCCAGGGGGCGUUUCUGAACGAGAUUUUUUCCUUCGAAGGUAUGGGGUGGAUCUACACCAAGGGGGGGUCAAUCGGACAGGACAGCAACAGUUACUGCAUGAUGAGGAGGGAAAUAAUCUUUCAAAUUUCGAAGAGGGGCAAACAAACAUACGAACAUACACUUCUACACAGAGGAAUGAAACUGCACCGAUGGAAAAAAACGUUUUCGUGUAUGACCCUGAUGAGGAGCGCUAUGAAGAUAACCCUGUCGACAUGAACAGCCUCGGUGGAGACCCAAACGAAAAUAAAUAUUCGUACAACAAAAGGGAACGUUAUGCAAGGGAGGAAGACCACGUGGAGGCUCACGACACCGGUGAGAGGUACCCACAUGUGGCUGUCCACAGAGGGGAAGCAGGUGGAAAGGAAGAUGAAGAGGAUUACCAAGACGAGGAGGAAAAAAAACUCAUCGAAAGGAUAAAGUUGAAGAAACAAAUUUUACGAAAAAAAAAAAAACUCAGUGAUAGGUAUAGCUACCUACUGGAGGAAGACCAUGAGGGAGGGGAUCCUGCUGGUAUUGAUUUUUCCCUGGGGAUGACUGCACAGCAGUUGGGCGGAAAGAACAAAAUGGCAGCAAUGUGGGAGGGGGACGACUCACCGAGGGAAGAGGACCUCCCCGGCGAAGACGACCUGGACGUGGACGACAUAUACAAUUACGAAUCGUUGAGCGAAAUGAAAAACAGACUUAUAAUAAAAAAAAACAAAAGUGAGGAGGUGAACAUGUUUUAUGGUGUGGUAGGGGGGGGAGAAACGACUGAGCGGGGACAUCCCCACCAAAUUGGUAGCUCCACAAGGGAGUAUAUAAAACAAAUGCAGGAGGAUGAAAUGAUUAACAAAAUUGUAGACACAAAAAUCAUUUCGCAGUUAAGAAGGGAGAAGAGGGGUUUGCAGCAGCAGGGGAUUUUCACCCCCCCCGAUGAGGGUGGCACAACAGAUCCCUUGUUCGAUGAGAGGUCCAAACAGAGUGACGAUCAAGCAGAGUUAAAUUUGAAAAAGCAUUCUUUGCAUGGCGAUCGUUUUCCGGUGCCCCGUCAUGAUGUUCCCACCGCAAAUGACACAGAGGGGAAAAAGUUAAAUGAGCAGCAGAAGAGGGAGCAAAAUGGUGAAGAGGAGGAGAGGGAGAAGGGAAGAAAUGUGAAUUUUUUAAAAAUGGAAAAACGUCUUAACCACGACAACUACAUGGAUGAAGAGGACUGGCGAAACAAUGCGCAAAGCAACGACCGUGCUUAUCAACACGAAAAUGAAAUUCUCUUUAGUGAAAUAAAAAGAACUUUUAAAAAAUAUGGUGUGUGUAAUACACAACUUGUGGAAAUGUACGAAUACAUCCUGGACCUGUUUGAGGAGUACAAGUUUUUAAAGGAUGAAUCAGGACAAGUGAAAAGUUUGGAAAAAAAUUAUAAAAAAAAGUACAUGGAAUUGGAGGAGAUUAAAAGGAAGAGGACAAAAGAACUUGUCACCUGUGCAAGCUUCUUCAGAUUUUUUUAUCAUGUGAUGAAAUUUAUUAACGCGAAAAGUAAUCUGUUAGACAAUGCACUAGCAGAGUCCUUCGAGAUGGAUGUCACUUUUUUUAUCGUAUACCAAAAUCUCAAGUUAUACCUGUACAGGGAGUACUACGAAAAUUACAAACUUCUGUUCACCAAGGAUUAUAUUUAUAACUCGAAAUAUUACAAACGGAAGAAAGAGGAGGACAAAAACGGGUUGGUUAAAGAGUUAGUAUCGGAUGGAGUUGUCCCCAACUGCCACUACGUGCACGGAUCUGCACCCUUUAUCGAGCACCUUAUCAAUGAGGUCAACCACCCCAAUAGGUUCAACGACAUGCGUGUGCACUACAUGUUCGACGGCUACUCCAGCAACUACUCUACUGAUUCUUCGUCCUCCGAUUCGGGAGAGGCUACAAGCGAUGUAAUGAAGAAUGACCAGGAACAUGUAGAGAGAAGGGAGCAGAAGCGGAAGGAAGACAAACAAAAAUACUUCCAAACGUGCAAGAUCAAAGCAUUGAAGAGGAGGUACCUCGUAGCCAUCGGGAACAUCUUCAAGGAUGUCCACUCUUAUUUUUUAAACUUUAAAAAUGCUAUAACAUAUUUUUAUCUCCUCAAAUUACACAACGAAGAUUUUUACCUAACACACAAUUGCAAGUCCCUAUUCGAUCCUAUUUUUUUUUUUUUUAUAAAAUAUGAAUUGCUCUUUUGGGAUCCCCUAUACCAAUUCACUCAGACCAGAAACAAAAAAAGGAAGUUGCUGGCCCUGAUCGAAGAGCAAAUUAUGGGGAGCCAAUCGGAGCAGAUGCAUGACAAGUUUGUGCAGCUGUAUAGAAAUGACGCAUUCGCCAAUGCACAUAAUAUCCUGCGGAGGAAGAAACAGGUCCUGUCGCCUGGGCGGAAUUGGACAUUUGCAGAUGACACCGCCAAUUCGUCUUACGAGGUGGACGAAGCAGCUUCCUCUGUGGAUGGCUUCCGAAAAGACCCAUCGACAGAAAACGAGAUCGAGCACAGCACGCACUCGUCGGAAUCGGAGGACGCCUUUUCUUUCACAAGUUCGAGCGCCGCCCAGGGGGAAAUAUCGUCACUCUUGGAAAAGUCGCCAAUGGGGGAAAAAUCGCCGAUCGCGUACAAAUCGCCAAUGGGGGAAAAAUCGCCGAUCGCGUACAAAUCGCCAAUGGGGGAAAAAUCGCCGAUCGCGUACAAAUCGCCAAUGGGGGAAAAAUCCCCAACCGCGGACAAAACCCCCUUGGAGAAAACAAAAAAAAAAUACAAGCCCCCGAAGAACCACUUCCACAACAACCCCAGCGUAAAAACAUUCCAGUGGUACAAAUUUAUGGACGAGCUCAUGUAUAUUUACCAAGUGGAAGACGAAAAGGAAGUCCUGAAAAAAGUGUACGACCAAAUUUUUAACAAUAAGGUGCACGAAUUAGUGGAGGCAUGGAACCCCCUAUCCUUGAAGCAAAGCUACAAUUUGUGCGUAAUCCUGGCGGAGUACCUCCUCUACAAUGAGGACCGGACACAGGUUACCGACAUGGUGAAGGAGAAGAUAAACAAUUGCGUGUUUACAUUUUUCGAGGGCUAUAAAAAUAUAAGUAGCCAAAAAAAAAAAAACAUCGUCCUAAUGAGGUGUUUAAAGAUAUUAAAAAGUGUAAGGGGUAUCCUCUCUUUGCUGAGUGACGACGCCCUGCACGAUUUUGUUAAAAAAAUAUUUUACAAUUUUGUCCUCACGAAUUAUGAUUAUUCCAGCAAAUUACAUAACUUGAUUGUGUCAGCCGUGGUGCACAUAAUCCUCUCCAUGGGUGUUCCACAGGAGAGCAAAUUUUUCGAAGACAUGUCCAGCGUGUUGUGUGGCAUCACGGAUAGGAUGCACUCGGGCGACUUCGACUACGGGAAGUUCAAGGUGGAAAAUUAG